CAAGUUCGACUGAGACAUUACAUCUUACAUGUAGAACCCGCACACGCUAGAUCGACCGCCUCCCUAAGCGCCUGCUUCCCAUCCCGCACGGGGUCCUGCAUCCAGAUCACAAGUGACAUGGCUGGCCCUUUUUUUUCCUUCUCUUUUUUUUUUCUUCUUUUUCUUUUUUUUUCUUUGAGACAGAUCUGCAAUCAAGCCUCUCACCGGCGGUGA